AUGGAAGUAGCAUAUGACUUUGCAGAAACAAAGGACAGCGCAAUUAUAUUCGUAUACAAGCCCCUUGCAGAAGAUAUCCAGAUAAGCCCCGUACUUGAAGAUCCUAGAAAGCUCAGGCUGUGCAAGGGCAUCGCCAUCGAUCUCCACAAGGACGUCCAUCCAGACAUUAAGCUUAGUGAGUCCAAGUCUAGAAUAGAAAUACAUCUCAGAAAGGUUGAAACAACGAGAUGGGGAGGAAUCAAUGGGAAGCCGAGUGGUAAACUUCAAGAUGGUAGUAAGGAAACCACAGAGAAUGAUUCUGAAGACGAAGAAAACACUUCUGUAAUGGAUUUACUCAGAAAAAUCUACCAACGAUCUGGAGAAGACGUCCGGAGAGCUAUGGAAAAGUCUUUUUACGAAUCUGAAGGAACUGUUCUGAGUACCGAUUGGGAUCAGGUCAAAUCAAAAAAAAUCACACGAGAAGAUUAA